UGUGCUGAAACAGAGGAACACUGUGGACAUACAACCCAGUGCUGUGACCCCAAAAAUGUGUGCCUGAAGGACCGAGAAAAAUCAGUAUUAAUAGGUCGGGAGAUAGGAACGUGCAAAAACAUUGAAAAGCUAAAGCCCAAUCCAGAAUUCCUCAAACCACUAGGGGCGAGGUGUUCCGAUAGUACGGAGUGCGGAGCCGGACUGUGCUGUAGGGGGAUUUUCCGUUUCCGGUAUGGCAAAAUUUAUCGGUGUGAGAAGAGUGAUAGCCCUUUUAUGUGUAUUUCCAAAGAUGCUUUCGAGUAUUAAAUAAACGUUAUGUCAAGAUUUUGAUUCAUAACUAUUGUACAAAUGUAACAUAUAUCUGUUCAUUGAUGAUAUUCCAUGAAGUGACAAGACAAUUCUUUUAGUUUCUGAACAAACAUAUUUCCACAUUAAGUUAUGCAAGUCAUUUGUAAAAUGAAUAAAAGCUUUGCUACACUUGUU